UCAAAGUGCAACUGUCAUGUCUGCCUUGGAAACAGCUGAGGCAGGAGUGUGUGAGAAGUUAAUGUUUAUUAAGCGUCCCUGAGCGCAGUGUGAGAGUGCUGGGGCAGACGGAGUGGUCAGGCAAUGCUGGCUGUAUGAGCGGCUCUGCGGGGCUGGACUGCUGCGGAGGGCUCGGUAACCUGGACUACUCUCAGAUGGACAUGUCUGUGCUGUCAGAGGUGGUGAAGCACAUUGACGUGAUGCAGCCCCGCUUCUGUGUGGCCGUCAUCGCCAUCAUCUUCAACCCUUUCUUCUGGAACGUGGUUGCCAGAUGGGAGCACAGGACCCGCGGGCUGACGCGGCUGUUUGGGAGUCCGUAUGUGGCCUGUUACUGCCUCGGAAUCCUCAUCCUGCUUCUCAACGUGUACCGCAGUCACAGUAUCACGGUGGCGAUGAGGGGUCAGCCUCGUCUGGAUCUGAUGGACAGUGUGCAGGUGUACUACGCGGGCGCUGCUCUCCUGGCCGUGGGCUCUCUGUUCGUCAUCAGUAGCUUCCUGGCCUUGGGCUUCACUGGGACCUUCCUGGGCGACUACUUUGGCAUCCUGAUGGAGCAGAAGGUGACUGGCUUCCCGUUUAACGUCAUGGAGAACCCGAUGUACUGGGGCAGCACCGCCAACUACCUCGGCCUGGCCUUAAUCAGCAGCACAGCGACAGCAGGAAUCACAUCCGAGGCUGACGCAUCCGAGGAGCUCACGCUUCCAGUUUUCCAUCUUGUUGGAGUCGUUUGAUUGGCUGGUUGAGCUGUAGCUGAAUGUCCCCUAAAGCCAGACAGACACUGUGUGAUGUUAGAGAUCUUGUUCUUUGGUGACUCUCACUGUCCGUUUAUUAGACCAUCGUGUUCAGACAAAGCUAUGAUUUAUAAACUCACACUGUACGAAACGCUCCGUCUGACUGACCUGCUACAGGAAACGCAGCCUCCACAGACGCUCUGUCUACAGACCGUUAUCAAUAAAGCUGAUUCACUCAGAAUAACCGAGUACUGAGCAAACACGCUGAGACGCUGAGCAGCGCUGCUAACACUGAGCACUGAAGAUAAAGCAGGCGCUGAUGUUCACGGUAGGACAGUUCGGUCUCUCUACAGCCUGAAUUACAGAAAAAUCACCGUAUUAAUGUUUAUAUCUCGAUAUUAUAUUCAAACAGAGUAAAGUCUCAUAUUCAGACUUUGGUAGGACAUCUCGACUUUUUCUCCUCCGUUUUGUUGGCCUGCGUGUCUCCAACCGUGUUGGGGAAGCGGUUGUGAUUGUGUGUUUAUAAACAGUGUAUCCUGGUGGGAAUCUGCCGAAGGGGAAUGUUUGAAGUGAGCGACGGCUUUGUGUCCGACUGUGAUGGAGUCAGUAACUCUUCUCCGAGUGAUCAGAUCCUCCUUCACUGAGUUUGUUCAUUAGCACAGCAGCUACACUCGGCUUAUGGCGCACGGUAUCAGCUGGUAUUGAUUGAUGGUAUCAGUGAACUUUUUAUGGUACGAGUAAAUGAGCGCAGUGACUGCCUGAUACUCAAUUCAAUUAUUGGAAUCAGUGCAUCCCUAAUGAUUUGUGUGCCGGAUUUAAGGAUAAAUUGUAAAUUUAUGGCAGACUGUAUGAAGUUGCCUCUGGCAGUUUGAGGCUCCUGGUUUAAAAGGAGAUUUAAGUUCAGUGUUCUGGUUUAAGGCUGCACUGCACAGACGAAAUGUCAUAUUACGAUCUUCUCCACACACAAGGGGAACCCAGACCCCCAAAAUGACGUGGAGACUCUUGUAGGUCUGUCUGUGUGUUUUCACAGCGA